AUCAAAGCUUGUCAACCUGUGAUCCACUGCAGAACAAUAAAUAGUUAAAGGUCAGGGAGCUUGCACGGCAUGAUAGCACCAUAUUCACGCCGCAUCGGAUGAGCAAAAGCCGGACCGGUGCAGGAUGGAGUAUUCGGCGUCGGAAACGGAGACCGACGACUAUGAACAUCCUUUGUUGGAUGGCUUAGAUCGGGAUAAAGUUGAAAAAGCCCCGGUUUGCGGCUCGUCACGCUAUGGCCUGGCCCUGCUCUCCUGCUACGGUUUCUUUGUGGCGUACGCACUGCGGGUCAACCUCAGUGUCGCCAUGGUGGACAUGCUGAACACCAACGUCACCGGCAACGGCAGCCCCUCCCACUGCCCUCGGCACGCAAGCCCCGCCCGGCCCCAGCACAACCACACGGCCAGCCUGUACGACUGGGACUCUGAGACACAGGGCUGGAUCCUGGGAUCUUUCUUCUAUGGCUACAUCCUGACUCAGAUUCCCGGGGGCUACCUGGCCCGCAGAUACGGGGCCAAGUGGCUCCUCGGACUGGGCAUCCUGGGCACUGUGGUGUUCACCCUGCUUACCCCGCUGGCUGCAGACUUGGGCGCCGGCUACCUCAUCGCUGUCAGGGUGCUGGAGGGCAUUGGCGAGGGGGUGACAUUUCCUGCCAUGCACGCCAUGUGGGCCUCAUGGGCUCCGCCCCUGGAGAGAAGCCGGCUGGUCACCAUAUCCUAUACAGGUGCCCAGCUUGGGACGGUAGUGGCCCUUCCCCUCUCUGGGGAGAUCUGUUUUUAUUUGGACUGGACGUAUGUGUUCUACAUCUUUGGGGCUGUAGGCCUGUUUUGGUUCAUCCUGUGGGUGUUCCUCAUUAGCAAUAGUCCCAGCACACAUCGUAGGAUCUCCGCCCAGGAGAAACUGUACAUCACGUCCUCCCUGAAGAGUGAGCUAUCUCCAUCUUCGGAUCACAUUCCCUGGCUCUCCAUUUGCAAGUCCCUCCCGCUGUGGGCCAUCGUCGUGGCCCAUUUCUCCUACAACUGGACCUUCUACACCCUGCUGACUCUGCUGCCCACCUACAUGAGUGACAUCCUGGGCUUCAGCAUCCAGCAGAAUGGCAUGCUCUCGGCGCUGCCUUACCUGGGCUGCUGGCUGCUGGGGCUCCUGGGGGGCCAGCUUGCAGACCACCUCCGCGAGACGUGCCUCUUCUCCACGGCGUGCGUGCGCAAAGCCCUCACCAUCGUAGGCAUGAUUGGACCAGCUGUGUUUCUGGUGGCGACUGGAUACACUGGCUGUAACUACGUCCUCGCCAUAGUCUUCCUCACGGUCUCCUCGUCUCUGGGCGGUCUCACCGCCUCUGGCUUCAAUAUCAACCACCUGGACAUCGCCCCUUCCUACGCGGGAAUUUUACUGGGCAUCACAAACUCCUUCGCUACCAUCCCCGGGAUGGUGGGGCCUGUCAUCGCUAGGGCUCUUACACAAUACAAUACCAUGGAGGAAUGGCAGACGGUGUUCAUUAUUUCCGCUGGGAUCAAUGUGUUCGGCGCCACCUUCUACACCAUAUUUGGGAAGGGGGAAGUUCAGCCAUGGGCCGUGAAAAAGGAACGAUCCCAUGGGCACUGAGUGCACAGCCCGUGGAGUCCUUGACGCCAGCCUGAAGUAUCGCUGAUUUGCCUAAACCCUGGGAUUAUGGGAAACAAAGUGCUUUGGGCUUUAGCUGUUUAAUCUUGCACACUUUUUGAGGGAGCUGAUUUUAUUACCUGACUGAGAUAUUUUCAACUUAUUUUUUAAACCUUUUUCUGUCCCAUUUUACUGAAAAUGGGGAUGUCUUUUAAUGUUGAUUGGUAGACUGAGCCCUUUUUACGUACCAGUUUUCCCUGUUGGGAUCUGUGGGUUUGAUGUUAUUAUUAGACGAGUUCUCAAGUUCGCUGCAAUGCAUAUCAAUUCAUGCUUAAUUUCCUGCUCUAUUUUUAUGUCUAUUAAAGGUGACUGCCGUUAAAAUCAGGAAGGCGUAGCUGCCUUCAGGAAGAACAUUAACACUACCCAGUUAGGCUGCACUUUUUAACUGAAUAAGUUUUACUGUUGUCCCAGGGAGUUUCAUUUGGGAACCAGGGGGUCCUCCUCAGGUUGGCAGUCUAGAAAAAGAUCUUCUGAGGGUCUUCAUUUUUAUUGACAUACCUUCUUUUCACUGUUAAUCCAAUCAGGGUUGUAGAUAUGGGCAUUAUUUUGUGUUAGUUCUCUAGGUGUCAUGCCUUGUCAGGUACCAUUGGCACUAUUCCACUGCCACCAGGAACCGAGCCGUGCCAUGAGCUGGUGGUUUUCCAUUGUAAAGUAUGCAAGCUGCAGCCACACUGACAUGACCCUGCUUACUAGCAGAACCCAAAGCGUGACCAUACCGAGCUGGUUGUGUCACCACCAUCUGAUUGGUCAAAAUAAACAGAGAUACUGCCGUUCUACACAUGGGUUAUCUGAAGGAAUACGCUUAUAUUUGAUAUAUUAUUCAUUAUUAGUAGUAUCACACAUUGUGAUGUAUAGAUGAAUCCCCAAUAAUAUGGACAGUGAAUAUCUCCAACCACGUUCUGAAAGAGGUACUAUAGAAGAGCUGAAUGGAAUGGAUCCUUAAUGCAAAUUUAUGCAUGCAAAUGGUAAUUCCAGUAGCAUUUCAUACUUGGCCAACAUGGCUAAUCUCACAGAUGUGCUAGUGGAAAUUAGCAUGCAGUUAAAAAAACUAAUCAUCAUCGCACGUAAUAAAUCAUGGUGUACAGAUUGUACUCCGUGUUGAACGGUAAAUAAGUGUCUCUUCGGUUUUUUGUCACUGUCACUCUCCAAACCUGGCAGUGCCUUUACCGAGCUGACCUUUCUGCAGUGGAAAACCGAAUAAGCCGAAACCACACCGUAAGGAGUCCCUGUUCGUGAUACGGCCGGGGUGCAGGUCUGUGCCUGCAUGCCAGUGCAUAAGAGCCACAAGGUACUAGUACCCUUGACUGGUUCUUGUCUCCAUUUCAGUGUCUAAGGAAGUACACAGAUGAUACAAAUAUGAUUCAUUUUCACCUGCGGAAACUGUUUCCACAAAUCUGAAAAGGCCAUUUAUAUUUAGUUGUGAGACGGAUUUAAGAAUUGUAAGUCUGGCCGUGAAAAGAAAAGGGGAAUUUCCUCAAUGGACUGUAGGUACAAUGUGCUUUUUUGUUGCAGCCUUGAAACAAAAAAAAUAAGGGAACUAAUCUUUGAAUCGUUCCCCUGUUAUAAUUUGAUAGAUGUACCUUGUUUAUCAGUGCGGGCGUAAUGUUUGACAGACCCAUUUUUUGAAGGCAGUUUGGGCUCAUUAUAAGACCAUAUUGGUGUUUUUUUUUCUUCUAAAUUUUGUGUAUAUCCAGUUUAUACACGUACUGUUGGGUCCACAGAUUCUGUAUGUGUUCAGUCAUUCAGGUUUACUUAAUGACUUGCAAGAUAAAUAUGUUAAUGCUGAAAACAAUGCAUAAUCAUCUAUUUAAAUAACUUGACAAUGCAAUCCGUAUCAUCCGCAUGGAUAAUUUCAAUUAUCUACCACGUAAUAGCUAAGUGUAAUGUUUUUUUGCAGAAUAAUAUAUGUCCAAACGUUUGUGAUAAAUCUAACUGUUUUUUGCUUGAAUGCUUCAAAAGUACUUUUAAAAGAAACGGUUGCUCUCAUCAGCUUUAUGUCACCUUCUGUGACUUAUAAAACGUUCCAGUUGUAAAGAGGGGGACAUGUAGCUGACGUAGUACAGAAACUUCUUUAACCUCAUGUUUAUGGGUGGAUGUGGACGAGUAGUUUGACUGCCACACCUCAGCGUCUUGCACAUGUGUGAGGCUUCAACAGCCAGUCAUUUGCACUGAAUCGAUGAGAUACACUUAUGUCACUUGAAGUCCGUCUGUACAUAGAAUCUAUGUUUUCAGUGAACGAACUGGUGAAAUGAGAAACUGGAACACUCUAGUGGCCUCUCCUAAUGGAAAUUCCAGUAAAAGUUUUUGACUGUUUCAAAUAGACCAGAAUCCUACAUGGGAACUUCCCCUGCCUUGAGUUCCAUCCUGUCUGUGAUAUGCUUCGGGGUCCUCACGACUAAGUAUUGAAUAAGCUUUUGGAAGAUGGAUAAAUGGUUUCAAAUGAGUUUUUGGGCAGCUGAACUAGUGUGUUGAUUUGAGGUGAAAUUGUACCUUUUAGGUGAUCAGAUGCAGUUUUAGAGAAGGUGAACUAGUUCAUACAUACAUGUGAUCCAGUUGAUAAUCUUUACUGGAAUUUCUAGUAGGUUUGGCAGGAAUAGACUACCUCAUUGUAUUUAGGUGAUCAAUUUGACAAAUAUGAGAAUCACAAGGUUUGUGUCUUAGCCACAUGAUUUUUUUUUGCCCGUGACCAAUGUUUCACACAAAAUAUGCAUCGUACAUCUUGAAAUUAACAUUGUGAAAUUUCAUCUAAUCUGUUCCACUUGAAAUUAAUUUAAAACGCAGUUCUGUUUUUAUGAAAGCUGCCAAAUGUCUAUCAUUGCCUGAUGCCCACAAUAAAAUGGCUUUAAAUGCA